AUGGCGCCCAGCCGCACGCGCGCCCGUCCUGCCGGUCGCGAACCUCGUGCGACCACCGUCAAGAAGGAUGAACCCAUCACCGCUGCCGAGUCUGGCGAGACCCCCAAGAGAGGCCGCGGGAGACCCCCAAAGAACGGUGUGAAGAAGCCGCCCUACGUGCCGUCUGGCAGGCCCCGCGGCCGACCCCCCAAGGACCCCUCGCAGAAGGUCACCCCCAAACCCCCCAAGCCCUCGACUGGCAGAGGCCGUGGCAGGCCUCCAAAGUCCGCUUCAGCUGCCACCCCCAGCAAGAAGGCCACCCCCAAGGCGGCCGCCAGCACCGCCAAGGCUCCUGGCAGCGGCAGGGGCCGGGGAAGACCAAGAAAGAGCGAGGUCGUCGAGGAGGUCGAGGCAAAGAGCGACGAGGACGAGCAGGAGGAUGCCUCCGACAAGGAGGAAGAUGAUGCCGAGAACGACGAUGAGCAAGAUGGUGAGGUGGACCUUGGAGCCGACGCUGAUGUGGAGGUCGGUGAUGCUUUAGAUGGUGAAGAGGCCGCAGCUCCUGAUGACGACGAGGAGGCUGAGGAUGAGGAUGAGGCAGCUCCCGAGGUAACGUCGCUCCCCUAA